AUGACUCUCACUUUGGACGAGAAAUUCGAGAAAGCCUACAAGUUCGUGCAGAGCCAACCCAAGGAAGGGCCUUUCCAACCCAGUCAGGAUAGGAAGCUCGAGUACUACAAGUACUACAAGCAGGCCACAGAGGGGGACGUCAGCACUGCACGUCCAGGCAUGUUCGACUUCGUAGGCAAAGCCAAAUGGGACGCACACAAGAGCGUCGAGGGUGUAUCAAAAGAAGAAGCUAAGAAGAAAUACAUCGAACUUCUUCUCGCGGACCUGGAGCAGAUCGCGGACAAAUCGGGGUUGGAGCAAGUGAUUGCAGAUCUGAAAGCGUAG